UCAAAUUUCAUGUUGGAAAACUUUAUGUCAUUUCUCAAAAAUUCAUUUCCAAUUCGAACUAUUCAAACCUGACUACGCUGAGUGCAGAAGAGCGGAAAUAUCCUUUUCGCCUAGAGCCACUGGGAUAUAAGACAAGCACUGUACAACUACUUCUCUGUGAUAACUCGACUUGUCAACCUAACUGUCAGGCCAAAGGAUGUCUGCAACAUCAGCGCAUGUCUGGCGACCUUGCAAUCAAUGCCACGUCUCCACGACGUGCAGUCGUCGACGAAGCCUGACAUCGCGAGGAUGGGAGUCUCACGGGAUGUGCACGCAACGUCGUCGGACAUCAAUCAUCAGCAAGAUAUGCGAUACGUUUUUGCACCUAGCAGCUGGUUCCUCGGCUUGAUCGGCAUCUGGCCGAUCUCGUUCCGAGGCGUUGGACAACAUAUUUCUAAAAUCGCUAUCGUCAUAUGUAAUUUUGUAUUAAGCUUUGCGAUAGUGCCGUGCGCCCUGCAUAUCAUUUAUGAUCAGAAGGAUCUCAAUAUAAGACUCAAGCUUUCCGGACUCUUGGGCUUCUGCACCACCGCGAUGAUGAAAUUCCUUGUUCUUGUGAUACGUCGUCCAAAGAUACGACAGUGUAUCGAACAUGUGAAGGACGAUUGGUGGCAGGUGAAGUUCAAAUCCGAUCGCGACUUGAUGCUGAAGUACGCCGACACGGGUCGCAAGCUCUCCAUAAUCAGCGCAUCUUCCAUGUAUAUCGCCGGCUUCAUUUAUCACUUGGUCCUACCGUUUUGCACCGAGCAUAAAAUCGGUAACCAAACCAUCAGACCGCUCGUAUAUCCCACUUACAGCCAGUUUAUUCAGACUCAGGUGAGCCCGACCUACGAAAUCGUGUAUCUAGCCCACUGCAUGUGCGGAUACACCAUGUACACGGUCACAGCCGGGUCGUGUGGGUUGGCGGCGAUAUUCGCCACUCAUGCGUGUGGUCAGAUCGAUAUAAUCACAUCUAGAUUGGAAGAUCUUCCUCAGGACAAAAGUUACGAGCAAUCGACGGACAUUAAUCAACGAAUUGCGAUCAUCGUAAAGAGUCACGUUCGAGUGUUGAGAUUUGCAGCUCUCGUGGAGGAAAUCUUACAAGAAGUAUGUUUAUUGGAAUUUGCCAGUUCUAUAUUCACGAUGUGCUUGCCCGAAUACUUCUGUAUAGUGGAUUGGCAAGAUAGCGACACAAUCGGAUUAACUACUUAUUUUUUGCUAUUUAUUUCAUUUUGCUUCAAUAUGUAUGUAUUGUGUUAUAUCGGUGAAUUGCUCAUGGAAAAGAGCAGCCAAAUCGGAUCGAUAUGCUUUAUGAUCGACUGGUAUAAAUUACCAGCAAAGUCAAUCCGUAAUUUAAUAUUAGUGAUCGCUAUGUCAAGCCAUCCUAUAAAGAUCAGUGCUGGUAGAAUAGUAGAUUUAUCCUUGGCGACAUUUGGAAAUGUACUUAAAACAAGCCUGGCAUAUUUAAGCGUUCUUCGGACUUUAAUAAUGUGAAUAAAAAUAAAUAAAGAGAAUAUU